AUGUGGGCAAGGUAUUCAAUGCCUUUGGCGCCAUAUCCGCCAUUAUUGUCUGCAACACCUCCGGCUUGCUACUGGAAAUACAGUCAACUUUUGAGAAGGCCAGCAGUAGAAAACAUGAGGAAAGCUUUGUAUGCACAGUACAGUGUGGGGCAAGCAGUUUACUAUGGAGUAACCAUAGUGGGGUACUGGGCCUAUGGUUCAACCGUAUGUGAGUACCUCCCCAAAGAACUGAGUGGACCCAGAUGGGUCAAGAUGUUUGUUGCACCAAUUCGUGAGGCCCUUGAUACCAAGUUCCUAAACCUAGAGGAAAGCAUGCAUUCAAGGCAAAACAUCAAACGCCUAUUCUCCCUCCGAGCACUCUUCUUCUCGGCAAAUACACUGGUGACAGCAGCUUUCCCUUUCAUGGGAGACUUUGUAAAUUUGUUGGGAUCAUUUACACGUGUUCCUCUAACAUUCGUUUUCCCAAGUUUGAUCUUCCUUAAGGUCAAGGGAAAGACGGCGAGGAUGGAGAUGAGGGUGUGGCACUGGACCAUUGUUGUACUGUUUUCUCUCCUUGCUUUAGCAACUACGAUUUCUGCUGUUCGGGGUAUAGUUGAUAAUGUUACGAAAUACCAUUUAUUUGCAGACGCAUGA